AAUCGGAAUUUUUUUUAACUUUUAUUCCACUUCUCAACUCAAAAUCACUGCAUUUCUCUAUAUUUUUACCUCUCUUUCUCUCUAUCUCUGGAGUCUCUUAGCUUUUGUUGAGUUUUGAAUGGCUUCGAGUGCUUCAAAAUUCAUCAAAUGUGUGACAGUUGAUGAUGGAGCCGUUGGAAAAACUUGUAUGCUCAUCUGCUACACUAGUAACAAGUUCCCUACUGACUACAUACCAACAGUUUUUGACAACUUCAGUGCAAAUGUUGUGGUGGAAGGCAUCACUGUGAGCUUAGGGCUUUGGGACACUGCCGGACAAGAAGACUAUAACAGACUAAGGCCUUUAAGUUACAGAGGAGCAGACGUUUUUGUGUUGGCCUUCUCAUUGGUCAGCCGAGCUAGCUACGAGAAUGUAUUCAAAAAGUGGAUCCCUGAACUCCAACACUUUGCACCAGGAGUCCCGGUUGUACUUGUUGGUACCAAAAUGGAUCUUCGUGAAGAUAAGCAUUAUUUGUCUGAUCAUCCUGGACUGUCCCCGGUAACUACAUCACAGGGAGAGGAACUACGCAAGCAUAUUGGAGCAACAUAUUACAUUGAAUGCAGCUCAAAAACUCAACAGAAUGUGAAAGCCGUAUUUGAUGCUGCUAUCAAAGUAGUAAUCAAACCAGCGGUGAAACAAAAAGAGAAAAAGAAGAAGAAGCAAAAACCGCGCUACGGAUGUCUCUCAAACGUUCUGUGCGGGAAGAGAUAGCGGCAUUGAUGACGACUCAAAUCCGUCUGACGAGUGCUCACUUAUUUUCAUCUUCUUCUUUUUGUUACCUUUUAAUUUUGUGUUUGCGUUUGCGACAAGUGAUGUAGUGUAGCCUCCCACUCAAUAGUAGCUUUGUCUAUUUUGUUCAUAUAUGCAACACUGAUGAUCUUUGAUUAUAGAAUUGUAUAACCACUUUGAAGCCAGAGAACCAAUGAGACAAAAAGAGAACAGCUCCGAUAAAAC